AUGGCUACUGCUGUCUCCGCCCCAGGCAAGGUGCUCCUGGCCGGCGGGUAUCUGGUCCUGGACCGCGCCCACACGGGGCUCGUCUUCGGCCUGAGCGCGCGCAUCCACGUCGUCGUGCGCGACAUCGACACCAGCGCGGGCGUCGAGCUCUCGGAGAUGGUCGUGCAGAGCCCGCAGUUCCGCCAUGCCUCGUGGAUCUACGGCUACCGCCUGACCGAGGAGCUGGGCGGCGUGCACGUCACCCAAUUGCAACGUGCCCCGCCCGCCGAGCAUUCACGAAACCCCUUUGUAGAGACCGCCUUGGCCUACGCCCUGACCUACAUCUCGUCCGUCCUGCCCUCCACCACCAUCAAGCCCGCAUCCAUCACCAUCCUCGCCGACAACGACUACUAUUCCCAGCCCGCGAGCACCACCACUACUACCAGUUCCCAAUUCACAGACUUCGGCGUCCGUCUCCAGGAUGCCCACAAGACCGGCCUGGGCUCCUCGGCCGCCCUCGUGACCGCCUUCACCGGCGCCAUCUUGAGCCACUACCUCCCCGCGUCCCACUUCUCCCUCGCGUCCGCCCAAGGCCGCGCGAGGCUCCAUAACCUCGCCCAGGCCGCCCACUGCGCGGCCCAGGGCAAGGUCGGCUCUGGCUUCGACGUCGCCGCCGCCGUGUACGGGACCUGCGUCUACCGGCGCUUCUCGCCAUCGCUGCUCUCGCAGGUCGGCGAGCCCGGGACGCCGGGGUUCGCGACGCGGGUGCACGCGCUCGUGGACGACGAUGGCGACGCGGCGCAGAGGUGGGACGCCGAGGUGUCGAAGGGCGGGGUGACGAUCCCCGCGGGCAUGGCGCUCGUCAUGUGCGAUGUGGAUUGCGGGUCGCAGACGGUAGGCAUGGUGAAGGAUGUGCUGGCGUGGCGGAAGCAGGACGCGGCGGGGUCCAAAGCGCUGUGGGAUGAGCUGCAGGCGUGCAAUGAUGCGCUGGCGGCGACGCUGUCCGCGGGGACGGUCGAUCUGGAGCGUCUGGGAGCGGCGUUUGAGGCGAUCCGCGCCCGCAUCAGGGAGAUGGGGAAGCGCUCCGGGGUGCCGAUUGAGCCGCUGGAGCAGACCGAGUUGUUGGAUGCGUUGACGCAGGGCGUCAAAGGUGUGGCUGGGGGAGUGGUCCCCGGGGCCGGCGGCUAUGAUGCGAUCGUCCUCCUGAUCAAGGAUGAUGAGGAGACAUUGGCUGAGAUUGAAACAUUCCUCAUCAAGUGGUGUGCGGAGAAGAAGAGCAAUGUCAAGUUACUCGGCGCGAAAGGGGAGUUGGAGGGAGCGAGGGAAGAGGACGGUGCUAGAUACAGCGGGUUGUUCGAAUGA